UCCAACUUUGUACUGCAUUUCUGCUUGUGUGCUGUGAGUAAAGAGAAAAUGGAGGACGGGCUCGCCAAAUGUAAAGUGUGAUUAUAUAUAUAUAUAUAUAUAUUUAAAGGCAAGCUGAAUGAAGUAAGCGGGGGUGAAAGCGCAGUCCUGCUCAGUGCGGGAUUUAACGCGUCUCUUACAGGGUGAAGAUGCAGCUCAGGCUGGAGUGGAAGCAACACAUAUGCAUAACCCCCUUUGUGUUAGGGGAGGAGGGGGAUUGCGCCCCCUAAAAGGACCAUGCGCUCCAGUAGGACCUUGAAGAUCGACUAAGUUUACACAAGAGUCCAUCUGGGUGGGAGCAUUAGCUGCCAUUCAUAGCUCACCCGUGUGUGUGUGUGUGUGUGUGUGUGUGUGUGUGUGUGUGUGUGUGUGUGAGAGAGAGAGAAUUUAUUUUUGUUUUUUUUUCUUUCUCUGCUUCUGCAAUUGACUUGGUAUGUGUGAGUAAGUGAGUGAAUUUGCCAGUGUGCAGGGCUGGGUGUGUGUGUGUGUGUGUGUGUGUGUGUGUGUGUGUGUGUGUGUGUGUGUGUGUGUACGUACCAUAGGUUAGGGUGGGUCUACCCAUGCGGCCAAAAACUUUCCCUGCAGCCCCGUAUGUGGGCAACACACGCCAACGGCUCCAGGAGAUCAAGGAAGGACUGAAACAGCCAGCUAAGCUGGUGAGCCAGGCGCUACAUGGAGGCAGUGCCCGAGGAGAAGGGAGCAGAGGGGGUGACUUCAAAGGUAAAGACCAGACUGGUCGGCAGCAACAACUUCGUCAGCCCCAGAAGUUCAACAACUACCAGAAUGCCCUGCGAGAGAUUCGCAAGUCUCUCGUGCCUUUUGAGUUUGGUUCAGCAUCCAGCUCCUCGCACCUAGGUGGAGAUGUAAAUAGGCAGAUGCUACAGGAGCUCGUCAAAACUGGGUGUGAUCAGGAAAUGGCAAUACGUGCACUGAAGCAAACUGGCAGCCGUAACAUUGAGGCAGCAUUAGAGUACAUCAGUAAGAUGGGCUACCUAGACCCUCGCAAAGAGCAAAUUGUACGCGUUAUCAAACAGACUUCUCCAGGCAAAGGUGGCAUUGCAAAUUCAGUAGAUCACAGGCCAGCAAUGGAGACUUCCAGUGAAGGUGCUAUGCCCCCUUACCACCAGAUUGGACCACCACUAUAUGAGGGACCUGGCUAUGGGUCAGAGGGAGACAUGGCACGUCCAUAUAUGGGUGGGCCACCAGUCAUGAACUACAUGAUACCACCUACUAACUCAGCACAGGGUCCUUCAAUGGGGAACCCCAUGGCUCGUCCGCCCAGCAUGGGUCCCUAUCCACCAGCCAUGACUUCUCAGAAUGCCCAAGGAACCGCAAUUUACCCCUCUGGUCCUCCUCAGCAGAAAGGAUACACAGGGGCCAUGGAUCAGGCUAUGAUGGGCUACAGUGUGCCUGGUCCACCCAUGCAGCUCCAGUCCCAGCCACCAGGGGGCCCUGGUCCUCAUUAUGACUACAGACCUCAUAUAAUGGAGCCCUCUGGCUAUAGUGUUAAACGGAGUGCUUCUUUUCAGAACAAGAUGCCCCCUCUGGCACCAGAAAACUAUGUCAAUAUGCAAGGUAAAGGGGCUAUAGGUCAAAAUGGUGGUGGAUACCCUCCUAAUCUUUACCUGCCUUCUCACUCACACCCACGUCAGGCCAGCCCAACUUCACACCAAGUCCACAUGAUGUCACGCUCUCCUGGAGGAGCAGCUGCUAUGGGUCGCGAGUUCUCAGAGAUCCCACAAGGUCUUCUCACCCCUUCCAGGACCAGUCUCAACCUAGACCUAUAUGACCACCACUGGGCUGGAGCUCAAGGCCCAGAGGCAGCACCUCCAGCCAGGCAGCCACAGGGGCCCUUCAGAGGGGAGGUACGUGUCCCCAGCAGGACAAAUUCUUUUAACAACCACCAAAAGGUAAAUGUAAGACAAGCAAUGCCCACUGCAACUAGUAAACCGGAGGCUGGAAUGGGGCCACCCAACACCAUCACUGCAGUGACCUCUCCACCAAUCCAGCAGCCUGUGAAGAGCAUGAGAGUCAUGAGACCAGAGCCAAAGACUGCAGUUGGACCAUGCCACCCCAGCUGGUUAGCUGCACAGGCCCAGGAUACUCCUGAGACCCAUGGGUUCUUGCCAGAUGAAAGUUUUACCUUGGAAUCCUCCCAGGAGCCCCGAUGUCCACCACCACCAUACCCUAAAACACUGCUUAUGUCUGGAACCACGGGUGUACAGGAAACUGCACCCUUAGAAGCUGGAGGCAUAGUUGGGGCCCCAGACCACAGUGCCCCAAGUAGGCCUGUCCCAAGUGCCCCAGCAGGAAAGCCAGAAGAGCAUGCCACCAAAGACAAAGCAAAGCCAGGAAAAGGGGAGAAGAUUGUGAAGGAUAAGAAGCAGAUUCAGACUUCACCAGUACCAGUGCGGAGGAAUGCCCGUGAUGAAGAAAAAAGGGAGUCACGCAUUAAGAGCUAUUCUCCCUUUGCUUUUAAAUUCUACAUGGAGCAGCAUGUAGAAAAUGUUAUGAAGACCUACCAACAGAAGCUAAAUCGCAGACUGCAGCUGGAGCAAGAGAUGUCUAAGGCUGGUCUGUCAGAAGCAGAGCAGGAGCAGAUGAGAAAGAUGUUGAACCAGAAGGAGUCCAAUUAUAACCGACUGCGCCGUGCCAAGAUGGAAAAGUCUAUGUUUGUGAAAAUCAAAACACUCGGAAUUGGGGCCUUUGGAGAGGUAUGUCUGACCCGUAAGGUGGACACAGGAGCUCUGUAUGCCAUGAAGACUCUCCGAAAGAAAGACGUUCUAAACCGUAACCAGGUGGCUCAUGUUAAAGCAGAACGGGACAUCCUUUCAGAGGCUGAUAAUGAAUGGGUAGUCCGACUGUAUUACUCAUUUCAGGAUCGGGACAGUCUGUAUUUCGUUAUGGACUACAUUCCUGGGGGAGACAUGAUGAGCCUACUAAUUCGUAUGGGGGUUUUCCCUGAGCCAUUAGCCAGGUUCUAUGUGGCAGAACUGACGCUCGCUAUCGAGAGUGUGCAUAAGAUGGGCUUUAUCCACAGAGACAUCAAACCUGAUAACAUCCUCAUUGACCUGGAUGGACACAUCAAGCUCACUGAUUUUGGCUUGUGUACAGGGUUCCGCUGGACACAUAACUCAAAGUAUUAUCAGAAAGGGAACCAUAUCCGCCAAGAUAGCAUGGAACCCAGUGACUUCUGGGAUGAUGUGUCUAACUGUCACUGUGGUGACCGGUUGAUAACACUGGAACAACGGGCAAACCGUCAACAUCAGCGCUGUCUUGCACACUCCCUAGUGGGCACUCCCAACUAUAUUGCCCCUGAAGUGCUACUGAGGAAAGGAUACACUCAGCUGUGUGACUGGUGGAGUGUGGGAGUGAUUCUGUUUGAGAUGCUAGUGGGCCAGCCUCCAUUCCUUGCGCCAACCCCUACAGAAACACAGUUCAAGGUGAUAAACUGGGAGAACACCCUGCAGGUGCCUCCACAAGUCAAGCUGAGCCCUGAGGCCAUUGACAUCAUAGGACGUCUUUGCUGUUCAGCAGAGGAGCGUCUGGGAGGAAAUGGUGCUGGUGAGAUAAAGGCCCAUCCUUUCUUUGCUCAGGUGGACUUCUCCAGCAACCUUCGCACUCAGCCUGCUCCAUACCGACCUAAGAUUGCUCACCCAAUGGACACUUCCAAUUUUGAUCCAGUGGAAGAAGAAAGUGGUCCAGGGGCAUGGAGUGACAGUGGAGACAGCAGUCGUGCUUGGGAUACCCUCUGCUCCCCAAAUAGCAAACAUCCUGAACACGCCUUCUAUGAGUUCACCUUCCGCAGGUUCUUUGAUGAUAAUGGCUGUCCAUUCCGUUACCCUAAGCCCCUUGAAGAAAUGCAAGGGCCCCCCAGCAGUAGUGGGGCUAGCAGCUUGGGCCCUGAGGAGGAAGAGGAUGAGGAAGUGGAGGGGGGAGAAGAAGAGCAAGGAGAGGGGUGUGAGCCUGUAUAUGUGUGAGACCUGAGGGAAUGAGUUCACAUGCUGAUUUAGCUUCACCAGUGUGGCUUUUAUUAAAUAACACAGAAUGCACCAGACAAUCCUGUGUGUUUUAAGGUUUGUUUGAAAAAGCAAGAAGGGAAUUAAGGAGGGUUGGACAUAGAAAGAGAAAAAUAAAGCGAAGUGAGAUGCAUAUUAUUACUCGAAUAUUAUUGUGCAGAAUCUUCACAGAAAUGUACGUCUAAUGGAAACUGCAAUCUGGGACCAAUAAGUGUGGACUGAGACAGAUUCAGUGUGAGACAGGACGCUGUGUCUCUCUGUAAGUUUCUGUCAGUGAAGGUGAUUCAGCAAUUCCUAAUUCCAGAUGAGUAAGUGUGCUCAUGGUCACUGGACUCAUUGGAGGGCUAAACCAGGGAUGGUGGUGUUAUUUGGUGAUUGUUAACUGUGUGUGUGUUCUAUGACCACACAACUUAAUCAAAAUCCUUCGACCCUAAUAAUAUAUGAGCCCAGAUACACUCCGAUGUGUUGUUCCUUCAGUGAGUAUCUGUAGAGACAUCCAUGUGAGUCUACCAUGACUAGAUCAGUGACUCAUUUUAAACCUUGAAGGGUUUAUACAAUAAAAAUAGAUGUCUGUUUGGCACCUGCUAGUCCCAGGAGAAAAUGCACCUAUGUGAAGAUAAGAUAUGGCUCAGGUUGUUUUCCUCUUUGUGUUAAGGAAACGUCUGUAAAUUACAGAAUAUUUUGGUUUGAGAGUCAUUUCACAAUGCCUCCUUGUGAUUUCAAAAACACAGAGUAACGGUCAACCUGGAAAAAAAUAUUUUGUAGACAGCUAUUUGCUAAAUGUGUUACAUAUUCUGACUUUAUCUGCACCUCAGAGCUUUCACAGUUAUGACGUUGUACUAGCUGGUCCUCUAUAUGUAACAGUUUGUGUCACCACAGUUUAUUAGGAGUAAUAGUUACUUUCCAGUUUCCAGCUUUACUCUUGGUAACUGGACUUUCCCCAUCGCUUUAAUUUUAGCACCUAGGCAUAUUCUGAAUAUCAAUUUAAGUGUUUAUCAUCAGUUAUUUACAAUUUCACUGAGAUAUAUAGAAAUGGAUAUGUUCAGCUCAAUAAGGAGUCUUAACAAUCAGGGGACGUAUUUUUGAUCAUCUUUAUGUAGAUUCACUGGCAACACUUUUGAACACCCCGUGCCGCGCCUCUGGAAAAUAUUUAAAUUUGGCAAUGUUUUUUUUUUUUUUUAAAGUUAUUGCACCACAAACAUACACUGUACAGUGUUAAACAUGAAGUCUCUGACUAACUUGUAAACAAUAUCUUAUAACACAGUUGUGAAAAAGUGUUAGAAGAACUUUAAACAAAGUGUCAGAAGAAAAUAAUCGUAUGGGAUUACUAUGUGCAAUACAGAAUAUAUAUUAUAUAAUUUUCUAAUCACACAAACAGCUUUUUAAAUCAAUACUGAAAUACGCUAUGUAAAGGGUAAAAAAAAAAAAAUUGGUUUUAUUUUUUUUCCUCAAUAUAGAUACCUGACCCAGUGCUGCUCUUUUGUUAUUGAUGUUACAUUAUCAUCAUACUUUUUCAUAUAUGCCUUUCAUAUUUUUUUUCCUUUUGUAAAAAGCAUGCUGUUGAUUGACAGUGUCAUUGACACAAGAUGUGACGAACUGUGUGCCUUCUAAUGAAUGUGUGGGUGUGUCCACCACAUGCUGAUCAGUAUUUAAGAAGGAGAUGGAAACAUGCUUUUUCCUUUCACUCAGGCUGGUCCUAAAUGUCUGGGAAAGGGUGUUUAGAAGAGAGUGAGGAAGUAGAAAAUAAAGAUUGGAAUGAAAAUUAAUUAUUAAAAUGUUAAAGACAUAAGGAAACAAAGUGGAUUUGAUUGGAUUUUUUUAUGCCUGUUUCUUAAGUAAGAUGAUGUGGAAGUAACUGUACUGAACUUAACUGUUGAUUCCAUUUGCUUAACAUUUUUGUGAAAAUAAGAAUUUGCAAUAAGUGUACAAAACCAACAUUAUCUUUGAUGCUAAUUGACAAUCACUAAUAAAUUUUGCAAGCUGUUGUUUUAAACUUACUGAACCAUCACUUAGAACGCCUGACUGAAAGAACUUUUUAUAAUCUGCGAUCCAUUAUGGUGUUUCAUCAGUAGUUAAAUAUCAAACACAAUUGAUAUUUAACUGAAUCACAUACAUUUACAACAAAAUGUAUUGCAUGAGUUAAUACUAACGUCACACCUUUUUAUCCCAGUGAGACUUAACAGUAAAUGUGUCAGAUGUUCUGCUGACCCAUAUUCAUCACGAUGGAACACUCAGUGAAAAUUUCAGGAGACAGGCCUUAUAGAAUGUCAUGUGAGUGUGUUUUGUUUUGGAUGGAUUUUCUGUAUUUCAUGUUUGAAAGUGCUGACUGACAAUCUUUGGUUGAGAAUAAAUGAUAUUGGAAUUUUGUGUGUCUUUGUACUUCAGUGCUUGAGUCGGGUGGGACUUGUUGACUUCUGUGAUCUUCCUUAAUGUUUUAUGUAAUACAGCUACUAUUGAAUAUAAAUAUAUAUUUAUACAGAUAUACAUAUUUUUUGUAUCUUUUAUUUUUCAUUUUUCUGAGCUAACUUCUGAACCUCUAUGUCUUCAGUAUUACAGACAGUAAAUAUUUGGAUUCAUAUCUUUUUACAUACAUGUAUGAACCAAUAAUUUGUUAAAUAUGCUUUCACUGUUCUCACAUGUGUAAAUGUAUAUUCCUAAAUUAAAUUAAAUAAAUGAAUCCUA